UUUUCGUCUCUACAAUCGAGAAAUAUGAAUCAACAGAGAGACAUAUAUUCAAAUCGAGAUAAAUUCAACGCAUAUAUCAUAAACGCAUUUAGAUAACUUAUCAGUAAUUUAAACAUUUUAAACUUUAUCACUUCGGCUUUUACAAAUGGCGUACUUCAUUCCUAGAGUGGGAACGAGAGGUUAAGUAUAGGAUACCGAUACCAUACCGUCACAAUUAUCAAUUAUAUUCUGCGGUCACGCGGUCAUAUAUAUUAACGCAAUCGUUCUCAAACGUUAAAAUUUUAUACUGCAAGUAACUGCGAGUUCAAGAUAAGAAAUUAAACAUCUCCUAUUAUGGCAAAUAAAAUCAAGGUAGGAAUAAUAUGUGGCUCGGGUCUUGGUGAGAGCCUAAGCAAAACAUUCAAUUGUAGCAACACCACGAAUCGUGAGAAUGCAAAGAACGAUUUCGGAUAUCCAUCCAGUAAUCUUUACCAUGGAUGCGUCGAUGGAGUAAAUGUGGUGCUAUUGGCCAGACAUGGAGCGGGGCACAUAUUUAGCCCCACUGGAGUUAAUUACCGUGCUAACAUAGAAGCGUUGCGGCUUGCUGGAUGUACCCACAUAUUGGCGUCUAGUGCGUGUGGAUCGUUGACAGAGUCUAUCGGUAGGGGACAAUUAGUCGUACCUGAUAGCUUUAUAGAUAGAACUAAUUGCAGGAAGGGUACAUUCUACGAUGGAACGUCGGACAAGUAUAGCGGAGUAUGCCACAUGCCUAUGGAGCCUGCGUUUGAUCCGCGAACGUCGGAGAUCCUGUUGCAGGCAGCCAAAAAGUUGGGAUACAACAUAAGAAAGGGUGGAACAGUGAUAACUAUUGAAGGCCCGCGCUUUUCAUCGAAAGCAGAGAGUAACGCUCUGCGUCUAUGGGGUGGACAUUUGGUGAACAUGACCAUAUGCCCGGAGGUAUUCCUAGCGAAAGAAGCAGGUCUUUUGUACGCAGCUGUAGCCAUGGCGACUGAUUACGAUUGCUGGAGAGAAAGCGAAGAUAAUGUUCAUGCAGCCGACGUGCUGGUUGUAUUCAGGCAAAAUGUUGAUAAAAUAAUAAAUGUGCUGUUGGAGGCAGUAAAGAUUAUUGGCUGUGGAGAUUGGGAGCAGGAUAUUGUCAAGUUGAAGAACUUAAUCGAGAGCAGCAAUGUAACUGUAAAGAAAUAAACCUUCUACUUGCAAAGUGAAAUGAAGAAACCGUGUCUAACGUGUAUAACCACAUAAAUACAUAAAAAUCAAAGCUAAGAUUUCAGAUGAAGGCCUCUUGUGAAAUUUUUGUACAUUCCGCGCGCGUAAAACUUUAUACUGUUUAUAGAAAGGACUCUGUAAACUUUAUACUUUAUAGAGAGAACCAUUAUAUAUAAAGAAUCAAUUUAUUUUACGAGAUACUUUUGUAACCGCAAAUGGUGAGCUUUUAUAAAAUUAUUACAUGAAAUUACGUUACAUA